AUGAAAAGUUCUACCGAUGAAAUAAAUGAAGUUCGAACUUUAUUUGUAUCUGGUUUGCCAAUGGACGCUAAACCACGCGAACUUUACCUUCUCUUUCGUGGAUUCAAAGGUUAUGAAGGAAGUUUACUUAAAGUAACGAAUAAGAAUGGUAAAAAUUUAUCACCUGUCGGCUUUGUCACGUUUGCCAGUCGUGUUGACGCUGAAACUGCUAAACAAGAAUUAACAGGCGUUCGUUUUGAUCCUGAUCUUCCAGCAACACUUCGACUUGAAUUUGCUAAAUCAAAUACAAAAGUACAAAAACCUAAACAUUCAACACAAAGUCCAUUAGCAAAUGCCACUCAACAAUACAUUCAAAUUCCUCAAGAGCUUGGCACCGCUUUCUUCCCAACUGAAUCAUGGGGACAACCAUUAGCUUUCGAUUUAGCUUCCGCUGGUCUUCAUCAUCAGGCGUUGUUACACACAGCUCUACACGGUCCACCAAUGGGAAUGGGCCAUCCAAUGCACGGAACCGCAGCUAUGACUCAAUUACAACAAUCAAAUCAAGCCGUUGCUGUUGCCAAUGGACAAAUGAACGGCGGAUGUUCAACAUUAUUUUUAACUGGAAUUCCUGAGCAUGAUUUUAAAAAUAUGUCAUUUGCUCUACCAGGCAAAGCUCUUUGA